AUGGCGCUCCCGCUCAUGUUGAUAAACCGGGCAACGGCGGCGAAGUGGCAGCAUGUGAAUGGACGGGGCAAGAUCGAUAGAGCGGAGUGCGCAGGUCCGCUUUGGCGGCAUACAGCUGGCGGGUCCCAUCCUUCCGCGACCAACGCGUUCCGACCCGCGUCUCGGAGGCUAUCUGUGCGGGACUUGAGGUAUCUACCUGGCGGAGGAAAUGUUACGGACGGAUUGGCGGCUCUAAACGAUGUAAUGAGCCGCUUGUCUUGGCGGCCGGUGUUGUGGGCGCUAGCGGUGUUGAGCACGCUGGCGCCCUCGCGUGCUGACGGAAACAUAGGGUGCCUGUUUAGCGCAACUCUAUGCAUAGAAGGAGUGGAGUGGUGUUACGAUGAUUUCGCUUUCGGUAAAUGUAUACCGAUAUACGAAAGCGAUCCGGAGGAUGGCUCGCUCUAUCAAUAUGACAUGAGCUCGCAACAGCUGCAGUGGUUCGAAGGGGAAUUACAGCGGCUAGCGACUCAGGGGUAUCGCUGGGAGCAUGCCUAUACCCAAUGCGUGCUUCAGGCGAUGCUCUAUGCUCUCAGACAUAAUGUGGAACCCGGCAACGUAAACUCAAAGUUAUGUGACCAUUUCACCGACCCUAAACUGAACACUGCGACAUCCGAAAUUGAAGAUGGAAUCACCGACAUGGAGCCUGACGAAACUGCGUUCGUGCACUUCACACCGAACUCAGCGUUAAGUGAUUAUGCAAAUGAGUUUUAUAAUCCACCAAUUUCGCCCGACGACGACCCGACUUCCUAUAUUAUACCAAAAGAUAAAUCGGAUACCGAAGACGGAAAUCCUAAUGAUGAAAUAAGAAACCUUAUGUUAAUGAACGGUUUGGAAGAAUCACCCGCUAUUAUGCCCUUCGGAGGUUUCCGAGAGCGUCUUCAAGCGGAACAAGAAGCUAAAGAACAAGAUGGCAAGUAUUUUAACGCAUUGGAAAAAGAGAAAAAAUCUUUGCCCGAUGCUAACAGAGACGGUGACUCCGAGAAGUACGCAGACGAAGAGCGUUUGGGUGCUCACUUCAGGAAGCUGAAAACUAAACCGUAUCCCUUUACGGCGGAAUAUCUUACAAGCCAUUAUUCGCCUUUAGACGCGGAAGUGCAUUCGAAUGCCCUUGAAAAGUAUAAACAGAGCUUCGCUGAGAAAAAUUUCCCAUUCGAAUAUGAGAAUCCUAGCGACUUCCAAGAGCCGCGGAUCUAUAUAGACACAGAUGACUUAGAUGAAAUGCCUACGGAUGUAGGUAGCGGCAAAUAUGACCCUUACACUUUAAAGGAUACCAAUCCAUCUGGAUUUGACGGUAAAAAUUCUGAGAAUAUGCGGUACAUAUUAAAUUAUUGGCGACGACUUAAGGACCAGAAAUCUCAACAACCGAUUUAUGCGGAGGGAGGUCCACUGAAACCUGAGGACUUAGAAGGUGAAAGUUCCAAAUUUUAUCUAUCCGAAGAAUUGCAAGAUUUGCUUAAUAGAGAAUGGGGCUUUAAGCGUAGGGAAAGAGACGAUGUAAAAAAGCCCGGGCCGCGUCUGGACGCGAAAACCUUAAAGAUAUUGUACCACAAUAAAUCGGUGACAGCACCCUCUUCACCUGAUCAGAAGGCAAAUUCCAUAGGCCAUGAUCAUAACGAUUACGACUCUGACCCGUCGUAUGCAUAUGUCCUUUUUAAGAACAGGUUCUUGACCGACUGGGAGAAGGGCCUGGCGUUCAUUUCAAGACUUGAAGAAAUGCUGGAU